AUGGGGUCUCACUUUAUUGCCCAAGCUGGUCUUGAACUCCUGGACUGAAGUGAUCCUCCAGCCUCAGCCUCCCAAGUGCUGGGACUACAGACAUGAGCCCCUGCACCUGGCCCUGAAGCAAUUACUAUUAUUAUUACUAAUUGAGACAGGGUCUUGCUCUGUUGCCCAGGCUGGAGUGCAGUGACACAAUCAUGCCUUACCGCAGUCUUGACCUCCUGAGCUCAAGUGAUCCUUCUGCCUCAGCUUCCUAAGUAGCUGGGACCACAGGCACGUGCCACCAUAUCUGGCUUUCUUUUUUGGUAGAGACAGGGUCUCACCACGUUGCUGAAGCUGGUCUCAAACUCCUGGGCUCAAGCAAUUCUCCUGCCUCAGCCUCCCAAAGUCUUCGGAUUACAGGUGUGAGCCACCACACCAAGCCUAGAGCAAUUAUUUUAAAACAACAGUAGCAUCAUUCAGAAAGGCCACAUCUGGAGUGGUUAAGAGUACAGACUUCUGGAGCAGAGUGUCUGGGUUUCAAUCUCACCACCACUUACUAGGUAUAUUACCUUCGGCAAGGGACAGUCUCUACUCAUAGGAUUGUUGUGAGGAUUAAAUUGGCUAAGGCAUGACCUGUACUUGGGACGAAGCUUGGCACAUAGGAAAUGCUCAGUAGGCAUUGCUUAACAGUGUAAUAAUAUUUAUUGAAUACUUAUGUCAUAGAAACUACUGGGUACUUACAUAUCAAUCCUCACGACCACCUUUGGAAAUAGGUACUAUUGGUAUCUGUGCUUUGCAGGAGAGGAAGUAGGCACAGAGAGCUAAAACAGCAUGGUCAUGUGCAUAUAAUACUGUUUUGCCUCUCAUAUACUAGAGUUGAUAAUGUUUAUACUUCUGGCAGGCCAAAAUAUGGCCCCCCAAAGUAUUCACACUGAAUCCCUGGAAGCUGUAAAUGCUACCUUUUUAAAAAUAUUUUAUUAUUUUUAUAAUUUCAACUUUUUAGAUUCAAGGCGUACAUGUGCAGAUUACUUGAGUCACUCAAGUACUGAGCAUAGUACCCAACAAUUUUUCAGCCCCUACCCCCUGCCUCCCUUGCUCCCUCCUCUAGUAGUCCCCAGAGUCUACUGUUAGCACCUUUAUGUCCACAAGCACCUGCUUUGCUCCCACUUAUAAGUGAGAACAUGUGGUAUUUGGUUUUGUUCCUGUGUGAAUUUGCUUAGGAUAAUGGCUUCCAGCUGUAACCAUGUUGCUAAAAAGGACAUAAUUUUGUUUUUUUCCAUGGGUGCAUAGUAUUCCAUGGUGUAUAAUACCACAUUUUCUUUUUCCAAUCUGCUAUUGAUGGGCACCUAGAUGAUUCCAUGUCUUUACUAUUGUGAAUAGCAUUGUGAUGAACAUGUGAGUACAUAUGUCUUUUUUUUUUUUUUUUUUUUUUUAUUAUACUUUAGGGUUUUAGGGUACAUGUGCACAAUGUGCAGGUUUGUUACAUAUGUAUCCAUGUGCCAUGUUGAUUUCCUGCACCCAUUAAUUCGUCAUUUAGCAUUAGGUGUAUCUCCUAAUGCUGUCCCUCCCCCCUCCCCCCACCCCACAACAGUCCCCGGAGCGUGAUGUUCCCCUUCCUGUGUCCAUGAGUUCUCAUUGUUCAAUUCCCACCUAUGAGUGAGAACAUGCGGUGUUUGGUUUUUUGUCCUUGCGAUAGUUUACUGAGAAUGAUGUUUUCCAGUUUCAUCCAUGUCCCUACAAAGGACACGAACUCAUCAUUUUUUAUGGCUGCAUAGUAUUCCAUGGUGUAUAUGUGCCACAUUUUCUUAAUCCAGUCUAUCGUUGUUGGACAUUUGGGUUGGUUCCAACUCUUUGCUAUUGUGAAUAGUGCCGCAAUAAACAUACGUAUGUCUUUUUAGCAAAGCAACUUACUUUCUUUUGGAUGCAUACCCAGUAAUAGGAUUGCUAGGUCAAAUGGUAGUUCUAUUUCAAGUUCUUUGAGAAAUCUGCAAACUGCUUUCCACAGGGGCUAAACCAAUUUACAUUCCCACCAACAGUGUAUAAGCAUUCCAUUUUCUCUACAGCCUUGCUGGCAUCUGUUGGUUUUUGACUUUUUAAUAAUACCCAUUUUAACUGGUAUAAGAUGGCAUCUCAUUGUGGUUUUGAUUUGCAUUUCUCUAGUGAUGUUGAACAUUUUUAAAUGUUUGUUGGCUGCUUGUAUGUCUUCUUUUGAGAAGUGUCUGUUCAUGUAUUUUGUCCAUUUUUUAAUGGGGCUAUUUGUUUUUUGCUUGUUCAACUGUUUGUUUCUUAUAUAUUCUGGAUGUUAGACCUUUGUUGGAUGCAUAGUUUGUGAAUAUUUUCUCUCAUUCUGUAGGUUGUCUUUUUUUUCUGUUGAUAGUUUAUUUUGCUGUGCAGAAGCUCUUUAGUUUAUGCAGCUCCCAUUUACCAAUUUUUGGUUUUGUUGCAAUUGCUUCUGAGGACUUAAUAAUACGUUCUCUCCUAAGACCAAUCUCCAGAAUGAUGUUUCCUUGGUUUUCUUCUAGAAUUCUUAUAAUUUGUGGUCUUACACUUUAAUCCCUCUUGGGUUAAUUUUUGUAUUGGGUGAAAUAUAGGGGUCUGGUUUCAUUCUUUUGCAAUGUGACUAGCCAGCUAUCCUAGAACCAUUUAUAGAAUAGGGAGUCAUUUCCCCAUUGCCUAUUUUUGUCAACUUUGAUGAAGGUCAGGUAGCUGUAGGUGUGCAGCUUUAUUUCUGGGUUCUCUGUUAUGUUCCAUUGGUCUAUGUGUUUCUGUUUUUGCACCAGUGCCAUGCUGUUUUGGUUACUGUAGCCUUAUAGUAUAGUUUGAAGUCAGGUAAUUUGAUGCUUCCAGCUUUGUUCUUUUGUUUAGGAUUGCUUUGGCUAUUUGGGCUUUCUGUUGUUGUUGUUCCAUAUGAAUUUUAGAAUAGUCUUUCCUAGUUUUGUGGAAAAUGAUAUUGAUAGCUUGAUAGGAAUAGCAUUGGACUUGUAGAUCGCUUUGGACAGUAUGACUAUUUUAAUGAUAUUGAUUCUUCCAAUCUAUGAGCAUAGAAUAGUUUUCCAUUUGUGUCGUCUGGGAUUUCUUUCAGCAGUGUUUUGUAGUUCUUCUUGAGGAGAUCUUUUACCUCUUUGGUUAUAUGUAUCCUAGGUGUGUGUGUGUGUGUGUCCGUGUGUAUUGUAAAUGGAAUUGCAUUCUUGACUUAGCUUUCAGCUUGAAUGUUAUUGGUGUAUAGAAAUGCUACGAACUUCUGUAUGUUAAUUUUGUAUCCUCAUACAUUACUGAAGCUGCUUAUGAGUUUCAGGAGCCUUUUGGCAGAGUCUUUAGUUUCCUAAGUAUCGAGUUAUAUCAUCAGUGAAGAUAGUUUGACUUUUUCUCCUAUUCGCAUGCCUUUCAUUUCUUUCUUUUGCCUGAUUGCUCUGGCAAGGACUUCCAGUACUAUUCUGAACAGGAGUGGUGAGAGUGGGCAUCCUUGUCUUAUUCCAAUCUUAAGGGGAAUGAUUCCAGUUAUUGUCCAUUCAGUAUGAUGUCUGUAGGUGUGUCAGAGAUGGCUCUUAUUUUUUGAGGUAUGUAUCUUCGAUGCCUAGUUUUUUGAGGGUUUUUAUCAUGAAGGGAUGUUGGAUUUUACUGAAAGCUUUUCCUGUGUCUAUUGAGAUGAUCAUAUGGUUUUUGUUCUUAAUUCUGUGUAUGUGGUGAAUCGUAUUUAUUGAUUUUCAUAUGUUGAACCAACCUGUAUCUCAGAAAUGAAACUUACUUGAUCAUAGUGAAGCAACUUUUUGAUGUGCUGCUGGAUUUGGUUUGCUAGUAUUAUGUUGAGGAGUUUUGCAUCUGUGUUCAUCAGGAAUAUUGUCCUGUAGUUUUCUUUAUUCAUUUUGAAUGUUACCCCUAAAAGAGUCUUGGCAGAUGUGACUAAGAAUCUUGAGAGGAAGAGAUAAUCCUGGUGGGCCCUAAAUGCCAUCCCACGAAUCCUUAUAAGACAGAGGCAGAGGAAUAUUAGGAACAGACACAAAGAGGAGAAGGUCAUUGAAGACAGAGCAGAGGAUGCUACCACAAGGCAGUGAAUACCAACAGCCACCAGAAGCUGGAAAAGGCAAGGAAGGGCUCUCCCCUAGAGUCUCUGGAGGAAGCACAGUCUUGUCCACACAUUGAUUUUGGGCUUUUGUUGCCUUAAGCCAUCAAGUUUGUGGUAAUUUGUCACAGCAGACCUAGGUAAUAAGUAAAUACUCUAUCAUAUUCCAGAACCUAUCAUACUUUCUACCAUCUGUUCUCUUAAUGAAAAAAUAAUUCAUACAUUUAUUACAUGUUUACUGAAAGGCUACUAUGUGCCAGACUCUGUUCUUAAUACUCUGCUCUUGAUACCAUCUCCCUCACUGGCAUUAGAGGAGAUGGACAAUAAGCGUGUCAACAAAUAAGAUAAUUUUAGACAGAAGCACAGUGAAGAAAAUAAAGGAGUGAAAGGAAUAGGGAAAGAAUGAGCAGGAAGGGGCUCCUUUAGCUCAUAGGGUCAACGAAGCACUCUCAGAAACCAUGAUUUUUGAGCUGAGCCUCACGAUAAUGAGUGAUAAAUGCUCAGAUAAAUAACAGGAGAAAGAUGCUCCUGACAAAGAGAAUAGCAGGGAAAAAGUCUUGAGUCAGAAAUGAUCUUGGCAUAUCAUAAAAACAGAAGGCCAAUAUCGCUAGAGAGUGAUGAAAGAGGGACAGAGUAGCAAGAAAUAAAUUUAGCAAGGAAUGCAUGGCCCAGGCCAUGUAGGACAUUUGUAUCAAUUAUCUAUUGCUAUAGUAAUACAGCAUAACAAACACAUGCAAAACUUCAGAGGGUAUACAACAAUAAAUGUUUAUGUCUUAUGCUUUUUGGGUCAGUUGGGUGUCUUCUAGGCAGCUCUACUGACCUCAAGUGGACUUUCUCCAGUGUCUGGUGCUUCAGUGGAUGUGUGCUGAUCGAGGAUAUCCUCAGCUAUGGCAAUUAGGGUAGCAUGGCUCUCCUCCAUGUGGCUCUCUCCAGCAGGCUAGCAUGGGAAUGUUUUCAUGGUGGUGGCAGAGGCUCAAGAGGGAAUUCCCAAUGUGCAAGACCAUUUCAAGCCUCUGCUUGCAUGAUAUCUGAUAAUAUCUCAUUAGUUAAAGCAAAUCACAUGCCUGAAACCAGAGUCAAACAGUGGGCAGGUUACCCCGCCCACAGUGGGAAAGCAUGCCAAAGUUACAUGGCAUGAAUAUAGAGAACAAUGAAAAAGUGAAACCAUGAAGGCAAGCUUAUGCAGAUAUUUAGGGCCUUACUAAAUUAAUAAAUAUAAGAAAUAAUUAUAUUUAAAUAGGAUGAUAAUGUAUUACACAUGUUGGAGUCCAGACAAGAGUAUUUGGCUGUAGUACUCACAGAAAGCUGCAAAAGGAAGGUCUUGAAGGAUAUUUUAGAUAUAGAUAGGUGGAGGGACAAGAUGAGGGUAUUUUAAGAGCAGGGAAUAUCAUAAACAAAGUUAUUAUGGCAAAAAAGGACUAUAAAUACAUAGAAUGAAAAGAAUGGCAUGUAUAUCAGUAUCAAGAUGCUUUCAUCUGAUCCAAUCUCUACCACAAACAGAAGAAAAUGAAGCAGAACAAAUCAAUCACAUGUUCCUCCUACAUAGUAAAAACUACAUUUCAAAAUGCUUUGAGUCUAGAGUUCUCAAUAUAAAUAGAAAUGUCUGAGGGCUAAAGACAUCCAUGAGUACAAACAUAAAUUCCUAACAUGUGUUACAAUGAAGCCUCAAUACACUACUUACCAUAAUGGUGAAGAAACCUGAAAUUAUGAAUCAAUGUAUACAAAAUAACAAGCUUUGUUGGUAACCCAAUGUUGAAAGCUAUCAUCAGAUUGUUGUUCUUGAAGCAUACUAUCAAAUGACUCCAAAAUUACUCAGAAUCAAAACAAUAUCCAAGAAUCAUCUUUACAAGGUAACUGAAAAAUUUAGACAUGAACAUCAUUUCAAGCAUGUUCACAUAACUUCUUUUUUUUAAUUGAGAUGGAAUCCUGCUCUGUCACCCAGGCUGGAGUGCAAUAGUGCAUUCUCGGCUCACUGCAACCUCCGCUGUCCGCAUUCAAGAGAUUCUUGUGCCUCGGCCUCCCGAGUAGUUGGGACUACAGGCACAUGCCACCACCUGGCUAAUUUUUUUUUUUUUUUUUUUUACUUUUAGUGGAGAUGGGGUUUCACUAUAUUGGCCAGGCUGAUCUUUAACUCCUGACCUCAGAUGAUCCACCCUCUUCGGCCUCCCAAAGUGCUGGGAUUACAGGUGUGAGCCACCACGCCUGAUCUCACAUAAUUCUUAAUGUUACUUAUAUCUUGAUUUGUGGCAAAAAGAUGUUAAGGCAAUUUUCAAGAUAUAAGUCUACAGCUCUAAAAAUUGGUGAUGUAUAAUUCACUACAACUGGUUUCUUCAUUUCGCUUUUAAAAUAAUUCUGUUUGGAUGACACUAAGAGCAACAUACCAUCCAGUAACGAGAUCCAGGGAAGCAGCUAGUCCACUAGUAUUCAUAGACAGAGAUGAAUUCAAAUGUGCAUAUAAUUAACUAAAAAGAGGAAACUAUAUCCAUAAUUCAAAACCACAUUGUUGCAAAAUAAAUAUUUAAAUCAAUUCAUCCAUGUUUACCAGCUGUAAGAGUGGAACAAAGCUUGAGGAUAUCCACGUUCCUACUCAACUGGUCUCACAGUUACUGGACUAAUUACAGUGCAGCAUCAUCAACUCUCCCCGUGUCUCCCACCCCACUGUCUCACAAACCAACUGCAUUGAGCACGGUGAGAAGAUACCUUACCCACUCCAAUUCUUGGAGCAAAACGAGAGCUUAACCAUCUUCGCCACUCUCAGCUGGCCCCCAUAUCUCGAGUCUCUAAGUACUCCCUACAAGCCACAUGCUGGAAGUCUUGGAGCUCUCUUCUGAGCCUUCAAAUUAAAAACAAACAAACAAAAAAACUCAAGUUGACUCUUCUCAAAGAAAGAAAAAAAAAAACUGGAGGUCAACUUACCAACCAAAUUCAAACUGUCUCAGAAGGAUAAACUCCUAAUUUUAUUGCUGAAUUCUGAGUGGCGUAAGUGCUUACCAGGAGCUACCCUUCCCUGCCAACUACAUCAACACCACACACACACACACACACACACACCCCUUCUAAGGGAGUGUCAGGACUAAUUCCCUUGCUUGCCAUAUGUACCACACCUUGUUCUCUCUUAACCUUGCUCUCCAUCCAGAUAUGAGCCCCUCUAGAUAUCUAUCCUCCCACACUUUCAUCUCUAAACAGCACUGUUUCUUCUCUCUUCUCUCUCCAAUCUUUGUACUAUGCCUUCUGAAUAACAAAUAACCUUAUAGCGUUCUCCACUUCACUGAUCCUUUUACCACCACACAUACUUAAGAGUUGGGAAGGAGGAUGAAUGUCUAUUUUAUUCCAUACUGUUAAUAGCAUGUAAAUCCUUUUGUUACUUGAGUCCCACAAAUUCAGCAUAGCCACUUCUUUUCAUUAUCAUGCUACAAUAUCUUCCAUCUUUAAAUAGUAAUAGCCACACUCUCUUCUAUCUACAAUCUAAUUUCUCUGCAUUCUUCAGUGUAAAUCGGUGACAUACUAUUUAUAUUCACUGUUUCCAUUUGUUCUCUUUCCAUUCUUUUUAAAUCCUCUCCUAUCAAGGUUGAAUCUCUACCAGUGUCAUUGAAACUGCUUCAUUAAGGUCAGCAAUGACUAUCACAUAGCCAAAUCAAAGAUAAAUUCUCAGUUCUCAUCUUACUCAACCAAAAGCAUUCAGCACAGCCAAUCAUUGUGCUUUUCUAUAUUUGAGAUGAUCAUGUUUUUUUCUCCUGUAUUCAUUUACAGUGGUGAAUUCUACUGAUUUUUUUCUGAAAGUUCAAUUUUACAUUCCUGAAAUAAACCCCACCUAGUCAAGAAAUUUUAUCUUUUUCAUAACUGGAUUCUAUUUGAUAAUAUUCUGUUUAGGAUUUUUACAUCUAUGUUCAUUAGAAAUAUUGGCCUAUAAUUUUCCCUUCUUGUAAUAUCAUUAUCAGGUUUUGGUACCACAUUUAUGCUAGACUCAUAAAAAGAGUUGGGAAGUGUCAGUCAGAAGUCAAUCACAGAAGCAGAACAACACACAUACAUAUUCACAUAUACAGAAAUAUAUACACAAUUUGUUACAUAAAUUUGUCUCAUGCAAUUGUGAAAGCAAUUAAGCAAUAUUAAGCAGAUCAUUCCAUCUAAUGCUGGAGUCCACAGGGAGGCUGCUGGGAAGGAAAGAUGGAUGUAAAGUAGGGAAGAAGAAGAACAUACUGGAAUUCACCAGCAUGAGCUGAAACCCAUGAGGAUAGACUGAAACUCAUAUCAGAUCUUGCUGCAUCUGACCUUAAUGGUAUGGAUGUCCUCAGGACAGCUAGUCUCCUUUGUCACAGAACUGCACACAUGUGUCCCAGGAGUCAGAGAAACUGAAAGUGGAUCCAGCAAAAGUGGAGCAGUCGCAGGCCUGACUGCUGCCGAGCCAACGACAUGAGCCAGCAGAUAAGCGACAUCAUGUGUGAACCGUACGUGACAUCUGCUUCACUUCUGCUCUCCAAUCUUAUACAAGAAUGUCUCGUGUGGCCCACUCCAAUUGGAAACAUAGAUAAAGAGAAGAAAAUUCUGGGGUGGGGGGAAUUUCUGGGGCGGGAGGAAUAUAUAUGUAAUAUAUAUAACUCAUAACUCAGUAAUAAAAAGAAACAUCCCUCACCCAACAAAAUGAACAAAAGAUUUAAACAGACACUUCACAAAAGAAAAUAUAUGAAUAGCUAACAAGCACAUGAAAAAGUGCUCAACAUCAUUAGUUAUUAGGAAAAUGUAAUUAAAACAUGAUAUCACUACUUAUCUACCAGAAUGGCUAAAAUUAAGACUGACAACAUCAAAUGCUGGUGAGGAUGUGAAGCAACCAAAGCUCUAAUACAGUCUUUGUUGAAGUAUAAAAUGGUACAAUCACUUUGGAAAAUAAUCUAACAAUUUCUUACAAAAUUAAAGAUACAUCUAUCUUAUAUCCUAGCAAUUCCAUUCCUAUAUAUUCACCCAAGAGAAAUAAAAACACAUGUCCACAAAAAGACUUAUGCGAGAAUGUAGAUGGUGUUAUUCAUAAUAGCCAAAAACUGGAUACAAUUCAAGAGUCCAUCAACAGGAAAAGAGACAAGUCAAUUGUAGUAUAUUUAUACAACGGUAAUAAAAAAGGAAGGACCUACUGCUUCUUACAACAUUAAAGAUGAAUGUCAAACAUGCUGAGUGAAAGAGGCCUUCCAUAAAAGACGUCAUACUCUAUAUUUCCAAAAUAGGCAAAACUAAUUCACAGCGGAAAAAAUUAGAACAGUGAUUGUCUAAGAGCAGAGUUGGAAUGAGGGGUGGGAGUGGGGAAAAUGGUGGUACAUGUGAACUCUAACAAGGUAAGACAUAACUUUCUGGGGUGAUGGCAAUGUCCUGUAUCUUGAAAUGACUUUGGGUUUCAGAAGCAUACGCAUUUGUCAAAAAUUAGCAAAUAUGCACUUAUCGUUUAUGCAUUUCACUUUCCAUAAAUUUUACUUCAAAAAAAAGCUGUAAACAACUAUUAAAUUCCAGUUAAUGAUAUGUAUGUUGAAGUAUUUCGUGAAAAAAAUACUGAUAUAUGCAAUAUCCAUUGAAAUGCAUUAAAAGAAUAAGAUGAUUAAUAAAGGGAUGGAGGGAUAGAAGUAAAACGUUAAUGGUAAACUCUAGGUGAAAGUGUAUGGGUUGUUUACUAUAGAAAUCUGAGAAGGAAUUUUAAGUUUUCUUAUAUCUUUUGAUGAUUUAUAUAAGUGAGCAAUCUUGGCUUUUACACUCAUACAAUUAGCCACUAAGAAACUGAUGAUUCUCAGUAAGCCAAUGGCCAAUUGCCAUUUAAUUUACUGGUGACACACAGCAAAGAUGUGUUAAUUGGAACAAAGAGAACUUUAAUAAAGUGACUUGCAAAUAUGUAGUGUUAGCAGUAGUUCUACAGAAAAUGAAGAUCAUAUUUUAUAUAAACCUUUUGCCUUUGCAAGGUUUACUGAACCACCCAAGCCCAUCUGGCAAGUUUUACUUCUCCGAAGUUCCCUUCUACUACUUGGGGACAUUCCAUUUUCAGCAUCAAUGAAAAAGAAGUCUACUAUGCUCCACUGCACAUCACAGUAACCAAUUUUUUUUAAAAAAAAGUUAUCAUUUAAAAAAUAGGAAACUAUCUCCAUAAUUAAAUGGUUAUGGCAAAACCUCAUAAUGCUCAGAGCCUAUGACAGUUUAAACAAAAUAAAACAUCAACUUCUCUAAACCGUCAAAAUCAUUUGGAUUUGGUCCCAAUUUUGAGUGAAGAUCAGCCAAGCCAAUUCAUCCAGUGGAAAUUUAAAACAAAGUACAUAAUUAUUAAUAUUUAUUACCCUCCCACAACAGCAUCUAAGAAAAAAGAUUUCCAUUAACAAGGACUUUUUUUCUUUUUUUUUUUAGACAGAGUCUCGCUCUGUCUCCUGGGCUGGAGUGCAAUGGCACUGUGUUUGGCUCACUGCAAACUCCAUCGCCUGGGUUCAAGCAAUUCUCCUGCCUCAGCCUCUCCAGUAGCUGGAAUUAUAGGCACCCACCACCAUGCCUGGCUAAUUUUUAUAUUUUUAGUAGAGAUGGGGUUUCACCAUGUUGGCCAGGCUGGUCACAAACUCCUGACCUCAGGUGAUCCACCCACCUCGGCCUCCCAAAGUGCUGGGGCUACAGGCAUGAGCCACCACGCCCAGCCUAACAAGGACUUUUAUAGAUUAAACAGGCACAUCCAAGCCAGGUUCAAACCAAGGGAAACAAAGUAGGGCACAACUAACAACAUUAAAAAGAUAAGGAAGCUCUAAGAUCAAAGAAGUCAAGGGAUGUCAGAGUCCUUUGUUUAUAAUUACACUCACAAAACAUUUACUGAGAAAGAUCUUAAUAGUCUCCGAGAAAAUCAGCAGUUAAGUCUACCUCAGAUAAAAUGUACUUAAGUGAAAUGGACAAAUUAUACAAUAAUGUAAAUUCCUAAAACAAACUAAAAAAGAAACAGAGAAGCUAAAUGUUCCUACAGCCACUGAAGAAAGUAAAUCAAUUCUCAACAACAAAAAUCCUACCAAGAAAACACCAAACCCAAAGUCUAACAAGACAGAAACGAAAGAAGGAUAAAUCUUGCCCCAAAUGUAUGAAAUUAGUACGACCUUAAUAUCAAAUCAAAGUCAAUAUAAAAAAGGAAAAUUACAAAUCAAUCUUAUUCAUAAUAAAUGUAAAAUGUACUACAUCAAAUAUUGCCAAAUUGAAUCCAAUAAUUUAAAGGUUUUUUUCAUGAACACGUGGUUAGUUUAACAUUAGAAAAAUCUGUUAAUAUUUCCAAAGACUGAAGGAGAAAAUGAUCUGGUCUUCUCAAUGUAUGCAAAAAAAGCAUUCAAUAAUAUUCAACAACAAUUCAUGAUAAAAACUAUUAGUAAGCCAGAAAUAGAAGAAAAUAUCCUGUACUUUAUAUCAAGUAUCUAUAAGAAACCUACAGCAAACAUUAUGCUCAAUGGUGAAGCAUUAAAAUCAUUAUCUGUAAAAUCAGUAACACUGUAAAGAUAUCUCUUAUCUCCAUUUUCAGGAUUUACUGGAGGCUUUGGCCAGUGUACAUGAACACAUGAAGAGACACACAGACAUGUAUACACAAUAUAGAUGAACUUAGGAGAAACAGAUAAAAUGCCAUUAUUUUAUCAUUUAUAUCAUUUGUCUUCAUACAAAAUCCCAAAGAAUCUAUAUAUUUGUAAACUAUUAAAAAGAAAAAAAAAUAAGAAUUUAGAAAGUUUUUUCUGUUAUCAAAUUACUAUGCACAAGCCAAAUGCACAUGUACAUACCAGCAAUAAUGUUAGAAAGAUCAUUUUAAAAAUAUAAUUUAUAAUAACCAAAAAUAAGAAAUUCAAUUAAAUUAUAAAGAAUUAUAAUUCUCUCAACAAAGGUAUGCAAGACCAUUAUGAAGAAAAGAAAAUGUCAUUAAAAGAUUGAAGAAGAAAAAAAGAUUAAAGAAAAUCUAAGCAAAUACAGAAAAAUGCCAUGCUCAUAGAUAAUAAAUUACCUUCAGGAUAUCAAUUCUUCUCCAAAAUUAAUCUAUAAAUCUAUAAAACCAAUGUGAUUAUAAGUUGAGCAUCCCAAAUCUGAAAACCCAAAAUCCAAAAAUGCUCCAAAAUCUGAAACUUGUUGAGCAUUAACAAUAUGCUAAAAAAAAUAUAUUCACUGAAGCAUUUCAGAUUUCAGAUUUUGGGAUAAUUAACUGAUAUAAUGCAAAUGUUCCAAAUUCUGAAAAAAAUAUCCCAAAUCCAAAAAUACUUCUGGUCCUAAGCGUUUCAGAUAAGGGAUACCUAACUAGAUACCUUAAUAUCCUGUCAAGUGUUCUUACAGAACUUGAAAAGCUGAUUUUAAGAUUUAUAUGGAAAAGAAAUGACUAAGAAUAGCUAAGGAACUGCUGUGAAAGAAAAACAUGUGGGUGAGUAGAGGGCUGGGAAAUUUGACCAGAUAUUAAAAACUAUUUUAAAGUUAUAUUAAUACUGUAGAUUUGGCUGUGGAAUAGAACGUUCUGAAAGGAGCCCACACAUAUAUAGAAAUCUGAUAUACUGUAGAGAUGGCACUGCAGAUUAGUGGGGACAGGAUGAAUUCUUCGAGAAAUAUAUAAGGACAUUGGAAAAAGUAAAAUUACAUCUCUAUCUUAUAUCAUACACAAAAUUACAGAUGAAUUACAAACCUAAACAUGAAAGUCAAAAUAUUUAAACUUUUAAGAGAAAAUAUAUGAAAACACAUUAAUAAUCUAAGGAUUGAGAAGGAUUUCUAAAAAAAAACCAACACAUUAAAAGUAGUUGCCAUAAAGAAAAAAGAAAAAAAUUUAAACAUUAAAAUUAAUCAGUUUGGUUCACCAAAAGACACCACAGAGGGGUUGAAAAUAUGUCACAAACUGAGAGAAAAUAAUUGAAACAUAUAUAACUAACAAUUAAUAUCCAGAAUAUAUAAAGAACUCCCAUAAAUAAAUUAGAAAAAGACAACCCAAUAGAAAAAUGGACAAAGCCAAAAAAAAAAAAAAAAAAAGCAUUUAACAUAAGAGGAAACAUAAAUGGCUCAUAAACAUAUGGGAAGACACUUAACCUCUUUGGUAAUUAGGAAAAUACAAAUUAAAAGGACAAUGAGAUACCUAAGGGUCAGCUAGGACAUGGAACAAUGGAAAUUCUCAUACCCUGCUUAUCGGGGGCACAAAUCGCUUACAACUAUGUUGGAAAACAUUUUGGCAUUAGUAAAGCUGAACAUACACAUACUCCAUGACCCAGUAAUUCUAUACUGAGAAAUAUACUCUAGAAAAAUUCUUACAUAUAUGUACCAGAAGACAUAUAAAAGAUAAAAAUUAUCUUACUCAUUGGGGUCAAAAUUAGAAAUUAACUCUGAAAUGUUUAAUUAAAAGUCAUACAACAUAAACUCAUCAUCCAAAAGUAAUGUUUAUGGGCACAUAAAUAUUCUUUUCAUGGACUUAUUCAUUAAUUGCUAAAUUCAUUAAUAAAUAUUUAUACAUAUUAUCCUUUUGUAAAUGCAGAGAUAAAAUACACCUGACAGGUCAAUUUUUGACAUAGGAUGAAUGGCUUUUUGUUCACACUGACAGGCAUAUGUACUUUAAUCACCAAAAACUAUAUCAAGUAUUUAUAAAAGAAAAUCCCUUUUGAGGAUUAUUUCAGUUUAAUCAGGAUUAAAAGUAAAUAAAACUUUAUCCUUAUCAUCCUUGAGUGAAAUAACUUGAGUUUUAAUAUCUUUACUUAAUCAGAAAAUACACAGAAAGAAACAAUAAUACAGAGAGAGCCUGAUGUCCUGUGGUCUUCCUUAAUAACAACCCAUUUUCAAGAGACUAUAAUCUACUCAACAGAAAGCAUUCUACCAAGGAUCUUAAUCAGAUUCUGAGAAAAUUCACACUCAAAAUAAACAAUAUGCCACUAAAACCAAAAUAAUGUAGGUAUUAGCAGCUGCAUAAAGGUUAGCCUCAAUCUGAUGAGUCAUUUCUAAAAUGAUGAAAAGUAUAAUUCUUUGAAGUGCUUUCUAUUCAAGCUGGAAAAUAUAUAAAGAUACAGAAUCAUUUACCAAGCAGGCUGACAGAGAAAUUUUUCAUUUUCUUUCUUGUUUGACUGUAUGCGAACAUCAAACUAAGAAUGGCAAAAAUGAAUCUCUCUUCCUAUAUAUUAAUACUAACUUUUUCUUUGUUUUCUCAAGGUAUUUUACUUUCAGCAUCCAAGUCCAUAAGAAAUUUAGACGAUGACAUGGUAUUUAAUACAUUCAGGUUGGGGAAAGCCUUUCAGAAGGAAGACACUGCAGAAAAAUCAGUUAUUGCUCCUUCCCUGGAACAAUACAAAAGUGAUGAGAGCAGUUUCAUGAAUGAAGAGGAAAAUAAAAUUUCAAAGAACACAGGCUCCAAACAUAAUUUCUUAAAUCAUGGUCUGCCACUGAAUCUGGCUAUAAAACCUUAUCUUGCACUAAAAGGAUCUGUAGCUUUUCCAGCUGAGAAUGGAGUUCAGAAUACUGAAUCAACACAAGAAAAGAGAGAAAUUGGGGAUGAAGAAAACUCAGCUAAAUUUCCUAUAGGAAGGAGAGAUUUUGACAUGCUCAGAUGUAUGCUGGGAAGAGUCUACCGACCUUGUUGGCAAGUCUGA